CUGUGACGUCGGCUUUUUCAGAGCCGCAAUGAUCAAGCUUUAAACCACUGCUGCCUUCAAAAACGUCAAAUUACAGCAAAGUCGGCCAUACUUCCUGUACGCUCACCAUUUCAAAAGGUCUUGAAUAACAAACUUGCGAGUCCCAUCGUCAUAGCAAGGAUUACAAUAGACUUAAUUCCUAUUCGACAAUUGCCUCUUAACAGCCGUCCUAAACGCGCUUUGUAUAGCUAUUGCGAGACACGGGAUGAAACAGACGCUUAGUUUCGAACUGACAAUCUCCCAGACAAUAAGUAAUUCGAUUGAAGCUACGCUCUCAUCCACCAUUUCCUUCAACAUGCCAAGCAGUGCAAACUUAAGCAACCAAAGCGCUCCAGAGCCGGUAACAGACAACGAUAAUCCUUUCUUAGCCAAUUCAGAUGACGAAGAACAUAGUGAAAGGGAGAGCGAGUCUUCAGAAGGAGAAGACUCAGAUAGCGAUACAGAUACGUCCCACAUAGAAGGCGUCCGGAAGCUAUCCGAGAUUCGCUUUCCUUCCCGUGUCGAUGGCUUAGUCGCGCCUGGCAUAAAGUGUUCCAGAGACAAAGAAGCAAAAACUAUGUCAAUGAAGCAGGCCGAAAGAUUGCGCAAUAUCACGAACGAUGAUCCUCUACGUACGCCUGAGAAAAUGAGUGGAACAUCAUACUCUGAUGCAAAUCAGCAGUCAGAUACUGAUAUUGCGCGUACACCUCAAAAGUCAACUAAGAGGUCAAGACCUGAAGAAGACUACGUGACACCUACAAAGAGUAUAGUACGAACACCACCGCCAUUUGGAGCACCUUUAAUCGGAUAUGAUCCUAAAUACAUACCAAAAUAUGCGCGAUCUAGAACCAAGCCAACAAAGUUUAGUAGUACUACACCAACAAAAGUGUGCCGGAGCCCAAAUAGAAAGCAAAGUAGCAAGUCUGACAAGUUCUCGCGCAAAGCAUCACCUUUCCAUUUCUCUAAGCUAUCAACACAACCAGUAACCACACCCAUAGCAUCACCUUCAAAAUCCAGCUCUUCUAGUAGCAAUACACAGCAUGCAUGACUGUAAAGCACCAACGAAGACCCUACGAAAACCUCAUUUUUUCACUAGAUCAUGAC